GGUGGUCUUAUCACAGCUGUUGCAUCUGUGGUGGCAGGAAGCCUGUCCGAGCCCCUCGGCGCUCUUUCUUUCCCCCUCCGGCCCUCGGUCCCGAACCAUUCAAAAUCACAAAGAAACGGCGAACGAUUGCCUCCGAGUGACACCAAACAAAGAUGGAGUCCUCUCCAGAGAACAGCACCACCCAAGCCGGGAGCACCCCGGCGGUGUCGGCCGGAGACACUCCUGCUGACCUGACCGACGACCUCGGCAAGCAACUGGAGGACAUCAUCAGCACCUACCAGGCAGACGAGGCUCCAGAUGAGCCAGAAGACACAGAGGAGGUUCAGCCAAACACCCGACGGGAGCAGAAACUGGAGAAAAAGAUGCUCAAAAGCUUGGGAAAGGAGGCCAUGCUCCUCAUGCAAAGUCUCAACAAACUGGACACUCCCGAGCAGAAACUGGAAGCUACCAUCAAGAAGCACGCCGAGCUGCUGGAGGAGCACCGGAGCGACCAGAAGCAGCUGAAGGUUCUGCAGAAGAAGCUUCUGCAAGUGAUGAAGGAGAAAGACCAGCUGCAGAGCGAGCACAGUCGCGCCGUCCUGGCUCGCAGCAAACUGGAGGGACUCUGCCGAGAACUGCAGCGCCACAACAAGACCUUGAAGGAGGAGACGCUGCAGAGGUGCCGAGAGGAUGACCUGAAGCGGAAGGAGAUCACCACACACUUCCAGGGAACCCUGAGCGACAUCCAGGCCCAGAUCGAGGAGCACAGCAGCCGCAACACCAAACUGUGUCAGGAGAACAACGCCCUGGCCGACAAACUCAAGGGCCUCAUUACGCAGUACGACCAGCGGGAGGCGAACCUGGAGAAGGUGUUCAAGCACCGUGACCUGAAGGAGAAGCUUCUGGACACCAAGCUGAGUCAGGCUAACAUGUUGCUGAAGGAGGCCGAGGAAAAACACAAGCUGGAGAAACAACUGUUGCUCCAAAAAGCCGCAGAGUACAAAUCACAAGCAAAACUUUUGAAGGAGACCGAGGUGGACAUGAAGGCGCAGCUCGACAUGUACUCCAAGAAGUUUGACGAGAUCCAGGGCACCGUUUCAAAAAGUAACAGCGUCUACAGCGGCUUCAAACAGGACAUGGAUAAAAUGGCCAAGAAGAUGAGGAAGCUGGAGAAAGAGUGUCAAUCAUGGAAGAGUCGCUUCGACGGCUGCAACAAGAGUCUCGUCGACAUGGUGGCGGAUAAAGCCGUGAGGGACAAAGAGCUGGAGGUGAUCGCCAUCAAGAACCAGAAGUUGGAAAGUCUGUGCAGGGCUUUGCAAGACGAGAGGAAGAGUCUCUAUGAGAAGGCGCAAGCGGCCGAAGGUCAACCGAGCGAGGGGACGAAGGAGGAGGUCCCCGAGAAGGAGACCCCCGAGGAAGACGCAGCGAGCGCGGCCCCCGCGGGGCCCGCCGCCGCGCCGGAAAACCAUCUGAGCCAGGAGCUGGCCAAACUGAAAGCCGAGCGGGCCCUCCUGAAGGAGAUCGCCGGCUCCAACAUGGCCCCCGCGGCGGACGCCACGACGCCGGGAGCUUCCGAAGGCGCCCAGCGAGCGGCGGAGAAGCGCACACAGCAGAGCGACGAAUGCCAGGAACAUUUGGAACUGGAGUCUGUCGACUGACACUUCCAAUGAUCGGCUUUGUACUGUGUGUGUUAUUUUCAUGGCAAUAAAAAAAAAAAAAAAAAAAAAAAAAAAAAGAAAGAGAGAAAA